UAUCCAGCCUCGCGAUUACAAAAAACUCUCUGCCAAACAGAGCUAAGGUUUUUCCCUGAAACCUCGCAUCAAACCGCCUUCCACCGAGAGAAGCAGCGCAAGACAGAACCAUUCUCUUUACUUCAUUUUAUCAUACACAACAAUGAUAUCAUCCAUCGCCUGGAUACCCAAAGGCGCUCCGAAGCCUGUGCCUGCCGUGGCCGACCCUCCUUCCAAAGAAGAAAUCGAAGAGAUGAUCAAGUCCGGCGCUUUGGAGCCAAGUGGAGAUUGUGAGAGUGAAGAAGAUGAUGAAGAGAUGGAUGUUGAUGCUGCCAAGCAGACUGACGAAAUUGCCUGUGCAUUAGAGGUAGCAGAUGCACUUGGCAGAACUUCCAGUAGCUCAAAGUUGGCGACCAGCUUUGAUGAUGUAACCAAUGGUUUGAGGGAACUUGACAUGGAAAAUUACGAUGAAGAGGAUGAUGGCAUCGAGUUAUUUAGCACAGGGCUAGGGGACCUGUACUACCCAAGUAAUGAAAUGGAUCCAUAUUUGAAAGAUAGCGAUGACGAGGACUCUGAAGAGGUUGAGGACAUGACUAUUAAUCCAAUGGAUGCUGUCAUAGUUUGUGCACGUAGUAAUGAGGAUGAUGUCAGUCAUCUCGAGGUUUGGAUAUACGAGGAAUCUGAAGAUGGUGUUCCAAACAUGUAUGUUCACCAUGAUAUCAUCAUUUCAGCUGAUCCACUUUGUACUGCAUGGCUUGAUUGUCCACUUAAAGGUGGAGAAAAAGGGAAUUUCAUAGCUGUUGGCUCCAUGGAACCUUCUAUUGAAAUAUGGGACCUUGACAUUAUUGAUGAAGUACAACCAUGCGUAGUAUUAGGUGGCAUUGCUGAGAAGAAGAAGGGAAAGAAGGAAAAGGGAAAAAAGACAUCAACCAAAUACAAAAAAGACAGUCACAAGGGUCCAGUGCUUGGUCUUGCUUGGAACAAGGAGUACAGGAAUAUACUUGCUAGUGCAAGUGCUGAUAAACGAGUUAAGAUCUGGGAUGUGGCUGCUGGUAAAUGCAAUAUAACCAUGGAGCAUCAUACGGACAAGGUUCAAGCAGUUGCAUGGAAUUAUCACGCGCCACAAGUUAUUCUUAGUGGAUCUUUUGAUCGUACAGUAAUCAUGAAGGAUGGCAGAAUACCAGAACAUUCUGGUUAUAAAUGGUCAGUUGCAGCUGAUGUAGAAAGCUUGGCAUGGGAUCCACACACUGAGCACUCAUUUGUGGUGAGCCUUGAAGAUGGUACUGUCAAAGGUUUUGAUGUCCGGGUUGCUAAGUCUAAUGCAGCUUCUGAAUCAAAACCAAGUUUUACUCUCCAUGCACACGACAAAGCUGUUUGCGCAGUUUCCUAUAAUCCUUCAGCGCCUAAUCUUCUUGCAACUGGAUCCGAGGAUAAAAUGGUAAAGCUUUGGGAUUUGUCAAACAAUCAACCUUCAUGUGUUGCAUCUGUAAAUCCUAAAGCAGGAGCCGUCUUUUCCAUUUCCUUCGCAGAGGACAAUCCCUUUUUGCUGGCUAUAGGAGGCUCUAAGGGGAAAAUGGAAGUAUGGGACGCAUUAUCUGAUGCUUCGGUCUCUCGAAGAUUUGGGAAUUACAGCAAGCAGAGGUCAUGAUGUUAUUAGAGUGGAAGAUGAAAGAGGUUUUUGUUUCUCAUCAAGCAAGAGGUUUGUCCUUUGUUGUUUUUGCUUCUGUUUCUGAGAAGGGGCAUUGCCUACGAGUUAUGUUCUCAAAAUUUUGAAUUUGUAUGGCUGCAGAUGAUUUCUUUUAGAUACCCCCUCUUCCUCCCCCUCCCCCCUUCUCUUUUUUCUUUGCUUGGAGGUGUAUUUUGUAGGUCCAAGCAGUUUUGUUAUUUAUAUACAUGGGCGAGAAUCUUAAGAAAUGUUAUGUUGUCAAUGAUAUGGCUCCAAAU